UGAAUUCAUGUAUCUAUUUAUAGCGUUGUAUCCUUUUAUAAAAGGUUUUGAGCACUGUAGGCCAAUUGUUGUUGUGGAUGGAGCUCACCUAAAAGGAGCUUAUAAGGGCACAUUUGUUUCUGCUAGCACUCUGGAUGGAGCAGGGUGUAUAUUACCGCUUGCUUAUGGUGUAAUUGACUCUGAGAAUGAUAAUUCUUGGACGUGGUUUUUCGAGCAUUUCAGAGGCGCUUUUGGUGAACGUGUCAACAUGUGUGUUGUGUCAGAUCGUCAUGAAAGCAUUAUAAAGGCUGUGAGUAGAGUGUAUCCUUCUGUGCCUCAUUAUGCUUGUGUUUGGCAUCUUUGGCAGAAUGUGUGUAAGUAUUACAAGAAGAGCAAAAAUACAUUAAGCGAUGUAUUUUAUGCAAUGGCAAAGGCAUACAGACAAGAAGAUUUUGAUGAAAUUAUGAAGAAAGUAGAGGAUAUGGAUCAUAGAGUGAAGGAUUAUCUUAUGUUGGCAGGAUAUGAGAAGUGGGCAAGAGUACAUGCACCUGUAAACAGAGGUAGGAUGAUGACAUCCAAUAUCGCAGAAUGUAUCAAUUCGUGUUUAGUGGAGGAACGAGAACUACCAAUAAUUGAUUUUCUGGAGCCAGUUCGAAUUUUAUUUGGAGAUUGGAAUUGCAGAAAUAGAGAAAAGGCAACAUAUACAUUUACUACCCUUGGAAGAAAAUUCCAAGAGAUGUUAGUUGUGAAUGAGGCAAAGUCUUCACGUAUGACGGUGAGACCUUCUUCUGAAUCAUUGUACGGAGUUGAUGAUAACGGACGGAGAUACAUUGUUUGCUUGAUUAGUAAAACAUGUAGUUGUGGAAGGUUCCAAUUAGACGAGAUACCGUGUUCGCAUGCAAUUGCAGUUUUAAGAAGAAAAAAACAUAACUGAGUUUGAACCAUAUUGCUCAGAAUACUACAAGCCAUCAACACUAAUAAGUACAUAUGAGAUACCAAUUGGUCCGCUGCCGGAUGAAGAAGAUUGGAAUAUACCUGAUAGUGUGUUAAACGAAGUUGUUUUGCCACCUAAAUACAAGCGACCACCAGGGAGGCCAAAGAAGAGCAGACAUAAGAACAUGAGUGAAAAAAUAUCAUCAAGUACAAAUUGUUGUGGACAGUGUGGUCAAGAAGGUCACAAUCGACGUACUUAUAGUUAUUUUCCAAUGAAGAGAUGAAUUUUCUUAUUUUCAUAUACAUUUGGAUGUUUUUUUAGUCUUGUUGGUGAAAUUUAGUAUUUCUGGAAUUUGGUAUGACUUUCCAUGGAUUCUAUGGCAAGUAUGAUAA